AUGAUCCUGCCGCCGCCCAACGUCACGGGCGCGCUGCACCUUGGCCACGCGCUGACCGUGACCAUCCAGGACGCCAUCGCGCGCUGGCACCGCAUGCGCGGCUUCGACGUACGCUGGCUGCCGGGUCUGGACCACGCGGGCAUCGCCACGCAGAGCGUCGUGGAGCGCAAGCUGCUCAAGGAGAAGGGCCUGUCCCGCCACGACCUGGGACGGGAGGCCUUCGUGCAACAGGUGUGGGCCUGGAACGAGCAGUACGGGGGCCGGAUCAUGAGCCAGAUCGACCAUCUUGGAGCCAUUGUGAAGAAGGACCAACCGUAUUUCACGCUGGACGAGCAGAGGUCGAGGGCUGUGGUGGACGCCUUCGUGAAGCUCCAUGAGAAGGGGCUGGUCUACAGACGACGGCGGAUGGUCAACUGGUGCCCGACGUUGCAGACUGCCAUUUCGGACAUUGAAGUGGAUCUGGAGCAGCUGGAGAAGCCCACGAAGAAGAUGCUGCCUGGAAGGGAGAAGGCGGUGGAGUUUGGCGUCAUGCACAGGUUCAAAUACCAAAUUGCGGACUCGGAUUCCGGCGAGUUCUUGGAGGUGGACACCACACGACCGGAAACGAUUUUUGGAGAUGUUGCUGUUGCCGUGCACCCGGAAGACCCAAGGUACAAGGAGUUUCAUGGGAGAUUCGUGGUGCACCCAUUCUCCAAGGAACGCAUCCCGAUUGUCACGGAUGAUGUGUUGGUGAACAUGGAGCUCGGCACUGGUGUGGUUAAGGUCACGCCGGCUCACGACCCGAAGGACUUCGAGUGCGGUCGUCGCCAUGAUUUGCCGGAAGUUGAAGUGAUGAACAAGCACGGAAACCUGUGCGGCAACAUUGAUGAACGGUUUAUUGGGAUGGACAGGUUUGACGCGCGCCAACGUGUCGUCGAGGAGCUGCAGGCAAUGGAUCUUUACGUUGACAAGCUCGACCACCCGACUGCUUUAUCGAUCUGCUCACGCUCAGGAGACGUCAUCGAGCCGUUGCUAAUGCCGCAGUGGUACGUGGACUGCAGUGCCAUGGCCAAGCGCGCUGCGGACAACGUCCGCAACGGAGUGAUGGCUAUUGAGCCAAAGUCACACGCACACACAUGGUUUUUCUUCUUGGACAAUAUCCAGGACUGGUGCGUCAGCCGCCAGCUCUGGUGGGGCCACCGUAUCCCGGCGUACCGUCUGAAACCUGGCAGCGCAAGCGUGUCUGAAGCGAGUGACAAGUGGUUUGUUGCGUCAUCUCUCGAGGAGGCUCGACAGAAGGCUGAGGCUGAACUUGGAUGCAAACUACAAGAUGAUGACCUCGAACAAGAUAUGGACGUACUCGACACAUGGUUUAGCUCGGGCCUGCUUCCUCUGUCGGCUUUUGGAUGGCCCAAUGCAAGUAAUGACGCUGCCGUCACGACGGAUCUAAAUUCUAGCUACCCGCUGGAUGUAAUGGAGACCGGAUCCGAUAUCCUGUUCUUCUGGGUUGCACGAAUGGCCAUGCUCUGUGAAGAGUUCUCCGGGCGCGUACCAUUCGAGAAGGUGCUGUUGCACCCUAUGGUGCGCGACAAAACAGGACGGAAGAUGUCAAAAAGCCUAGGAAACGUCAUCGACCCACUGCAUGUAAUUAAUGGCAUCAGCCUGGAGCAGCUACUUACGGACUUGCAGGGCGGAAAUGUUGGUCCGCGCGAGCUGAAGAAGGCAGAGAAAGAGCUGAAGAAGGAAUUUCCGAAGGGCAUCCCAACCUGUGGCGCUGAUGCGUUGCGUUUCACGCUGGCCUCGUAUCUGCAGCAAGGCCGGCAGAUCAACAUGGACGUGCAGCGUGUCGUGUCAUAUCGUCACUUCUGCAACAAGGUGUGGAAUGCUGUUCGCUACGCUUUACCGUUGCUGGAGGCGGAUGCAAGUGUUGCUGCGGACGAGUGCGUAGACCUCCUGCAUUUGCGUGAUGACAUGACUCUUGCAGACCGGUGGAUUAUGAGUCGAUUGGCUGGUGUAGUGUCGGAAGUGAACAGAGGAAUCGCUGCCAACCAGCUUGCGACCAGUGUUGCUGCCAUUCAACGGUUCUUCGUGCAGGAGCUGUGUGACGUCUACAUUGAAUUCAGCAAGCCUGUGCUGUACGGUAACCGCUUAGAGGAAAACGUUGACGUAGACGAGCAGCAUGCACGGAAGCGUAGCGCUCAAGCCACGUUGCACCGGUGUCUAGACUACUCGAUGCGUCUGCUGCAUCCGUUUACUCCGUUUGUCACGGAAGAGCUGUGGCAGCGUAUCCGCGAUGCUGACCCACUAGCUGCGUCAUCAAGCGAGCAGGGAGUGGAGACUUCAAUCUUGUGCUCUGAGUUCCCGGAAGAAGUCCACAUGAGCUCUUGGGUUGAUCCGAAUGCGGAAGAGAGGAUGGCGCUUGUCAUCGAUGUGAUUCAUGGGAUCCGGUCGCUUCGUCACACCGUCAAGGUGCUGGCCCCGAAUGCGACUCCUGCUGGUGACAAUGAGCUCCCUACUAUUCACAUUAUGUGCUCGAACGCAACUGUGCACUCCGAAUUGAAGGAUGCGCGGCCUGACCUUGAGACUCAGUGCCGUGUGAACGUGGAUAUCAAAGCUGCCGCUGAGGGUUCUUCCUUGCUCUCGUCUUCACACGUGCUGACGCACUCCGUGUCCGACUCCUGUCGAGAAAAACGUGCCUCAAAGAGUGCUUCCGCUGCAGAAGCACUCAUUCGCCGCCAACAGGGACCCCACUACGCCAGCAAGGUUCCUGAAUCCGUUCAAUCUCAGGACGCGCAGCGCCUCACGCAGCUGCAGACCGACUUGCACGCAGCGGAGAAGAGCCUGGCCGCUCUGCGAGAGCUCCAAAAACUCUACUAA